UGUAUUUUGACUCAUCUGACUUCAUAGUUCCUCCUCCGGACCAGCAGGGGGCAGUGACGCAGCGUGACGUCAGAUCGGAGCAGCGCAUCCUGGUUACGGUGAAGCUGAGCUAACAGAUAGCAGCUAGCUGGUUAGUUUCCUCCUCAGUUCAGUUCAGCUCAGCGGGGAUCCGCUGCUGGCUCCGCCUCGUCAGUGUCUUCCUGGCGGUUGCUCAGUCAGUCAGUCAGUGACAGACAGACGGGCCGCUCAGAUCAGACGUUCGUUCACCGUUAAAUCCUCCGCUCCGGGGAUGUCUUUCAUGGAGAAGCCGAAGCCGACCCCCGGCAGGCUGCUGCUGGACGACACCGUGCCGCUGACGGCGCUGAUCGAAGCCAGCCAGAACCUGCAGUCACACACGGAGUACAUCGUCAGAGUCCAGAGGGGCGUGUCUUCAGAGAAUAGCUGGCAGGUGAUUCGGCGCUACAGUGACUUUGAUGUUCUAAACAGCAGCCUGAUGGUUUGUGGCAUCAGUCUCCCUCUUCCUCCCAAGAAGCUACUUGGAAACAUGGACAGGGAGUUCAUAGCAGAGAGGCAGAGAGGACUGCAGGCCUUUCUGGACUCAAUUACCCAGCACCCCCUGCUUUCCAGCUCCCUGACAGUCAAGAAGUUCCUGGACCCUAACAACUACUCUGCCAACUACACAGAGAUCGCCCUGCAGCAGGUCUCCAUGUUCUUCAGAUCAGACCUGAAGUGGGAGGUCCUGGAGCCCCUCAAAGACAACGGGUGGAGGAUCAGGAAGAAAUACUUUUUAAUCAAAAACAAAGAGCAGCCCAAAGAGAGGUAUCUGCUGAGCUGGGUGGACCUGGGUCCUGAUAAGUUUCUGUCCGACAAAGACCUGCAGUCAGCCAUGAAGCUGUUAACCAGUCUCUCUACCCCAUAUCUCUGUCCGCUGUUGUUCUCCAGCACCAGUGAGUCUUCAGCUCUGCUCAUCCGGCCGUUCAGUGAGAGAGGCUCUCUGAGAGACCACAUCUGUAAGGUGAAGCCCAGAGAGAGUUACCUCAAGAAGUACUGUAACCCCAAGAAGAGUCAGGGUCUCGAACUGCAGCACAUCAAACUGUACGGCCGCCAGAUCCUGGAGGGCCUGAAGCUCCUCCAUGAUGGCGGCGUAUUUUUCGGUCACCUUCACGCGUCCAACGUAAUUGUGGAUGAUGGCGUGUGUCGACUGAUGGAUGUAGAGAACGGCAUGCUGGGAGUUCCCUCCGUGCUGCGACCCGCCUUCACCCAACUCAGGAAGAUCAACACCACAGAGAGCAUCGACGUCUUCUGCUUUGGACAUUUACUGUAUGAGAUGACGUACGGCCGACCGCCAGACAGCGUCCCUGUCGAUCAGUACCCCGCUGACCCCUACACCACAGUGGUGUCAGUGCUGCAGUCCAUUUUAUCCACAGAAGCUUGUAAGAGCGGGAUGCCAACAGUGUCGGAGCUCAUCCAGACACCGCUGUUCAGUGACGUCCAGCUCCAACACUCAGAAAAACUCCAGAUCAAGGUUCCCAGCAGGCUAAAAGAGGCACUGAAGGUGGCGAAGGAGAGUCUGGAGAAGAGGCUGCAGGAGGAGCAGAGGCUGCUCCACCAACACAGGAGGCUGACCAGAGCUCAGUCUCACCACGGCUCAGAGGAAGAGAGGAAGAGGAGGAAGAUUCUGGCGAGGAAGAAGUCCAGACAGUCGGCUUAUGAAAAUGAAGAAGACGUCUCUGUCAGAAACAACAAUAACUCUGGUUCUGGAGCCAGUUCCCCUCCCACAUGCCCCUCCUCCCCCACCCCCCCAUCCACCACAGGAGCCCUGACUGCUCCUCCUCCCCCUCCUCCUCCUCCUCCUCCUCCUGCUCCUUCUACCCCUCCUACGCUGGACUCGUCCUCCUGUCCUCCUCCUCGCACUGCCUUGCUGAGCUCCAUCCAGGCCUUCAGUAAGGCCAAACUGAAGAAGGCCGAGAUCGUCGACCACAGCAAACCCAUCAUCUGACCCCCGCCCACCACCGCGACCUGUCCUCGACCAGGAAACCAUCACUACGGCGACACAACCGACCUGCUGGUUCUGCACUGCGGUUAAUGUCGUUGCUCCCUGAGAUGUGAAAAGGAAUCACUAACAAAAAAAAAAGAAAAAUCCAAGUACCAUUUUAUUUUUUAUCGCUCUUUCUGCUUUUUUUUUUGCUUUUAAAUUUUUAAAAUCUGUAGCUGUGGUUGGAGAGAGUAGAGGACGGGCGGGGGGGGAGACAGCCGCCUCAGUCUGUCCUUUAGAAAACUCUGGACAAUUCGAGGCACCUGAAGGUUUGUCCUCUCUUGACUGCUUUGUCACAAGGAGACACAGCCACCAGGCUGCAGAUAAACUCAAACUGAGUCUGGUGAGCUUCUGUGGUCGACCUGCUGCUUCAGCAGGCAGCCGACUGGUUUCUUCUCUGCUUGUAAAAGUGGCGGUUGAACGUUUGAAAUUUGAAGUUUUGGAGCCACUGUGGAUGCUUCAUCCCGCUGGAUGAUGAAGUUGAAUUUCCUGGAUCCAAACCUCAGUGCUCGGACACUGUCAUGGCACUGCACUGGUCCUGAAACUGGUCCAAACUGCAGCUUUCCUUCUUUAAAAUCAUCUCAUGACAUGUAGCCUCCAGGCUCCAUGGAGACUCUUUCACUGCAGGACGUCGGUGAUGAAGAAUGACUCAUCAAUAGAAGCUGCACUGCAAAAAAAAAUACCCAUCAAGUCAUUUCUGUCUAUAAUUAUGUCCUAAAAACAUACUUUUCUUAAAACGAGUGGAAAAAACCUUCCAGUGCAGAAUAUUUUAAUAGAAAUCAACUUCUCUUUUGUAGAACUUUCUAGAAAUGUGUCUAUAUCUUGAAACAAGAAAAAUAAGGCAGGUCGCUGCAUUAAACAAAAGAAAAACGUUA